UGCUCAUCGUCCCCUCACUCCUGUCCUCUUUCCUCUCUUGUGUGUGAGUGUGUGUGGCCACUCCGUCCUUCCAAAAUGAGCCGCGCCUCUUACGCCUCCUCCCAGUCCUCCUCAUACCGCCGUGCCUUCGGUGGGCCCGGCUUCACCACAACCCCCAUUACCCGCUCCUCUAUGCUUGGCCGUGGCUCCGGGGGCUCACAUGUUAGCUCACGGGUCUACGAGGUCACCAAGACAGCAAGUUCAUCAUCACCAGGCUAUACCAGCUACCGCGCGUCUUCCUAUGGCAUCCCUGCUCUUUCAGCAGGCAUCUCCCGCUCCUAUGCCGCCGGCUUGGGUGAGACACUGGACUUCAGCCUUGCCGAUGCCCUCAACCAGGAGUUCCUGCAGACGCGCACCAACGAGAAGGCUGAGCUGCAGCACCUGAACGACCGCUUCGCCAGCUACAUCGAGAAGGUGCGCUUCCUCGAGCAGCAGAACCAGGCUCUGACGGUGGAAGUGGAGCGACUGCGGGGCCGAGAGCCAACGCGCAUUGCUGACCUCUAUGAGGAAGAGAUGAGGGAGCUGAGGCGCCAGAUAGAGGUCGUGACCAAUCAGAGGUCCCGAGUUGAAGUGGAGAGAGACAACCUGGCUGAUGACUUGCAGAAACUCAAACUCAGGCUUCAGGAGGAGAUUGCACAGAGAGAGGAGGCCGAGAACAACCUUGCAGCAUUCAGAGCUGAUGUGGAUGCAGCCACCCUUGCCCGUUUGGACCUGGAGAGACGCAUCGAAACUCUGCAAGAGGAAAUCGCCUUCCUCAAGAAGAUCCACGAGGAGGAAAUCCGUGAGCUGCAGGCUCAGAUGCAAGAGACUCAGGUGCAGAUCCAGAUGGACAUGUCCAAGCCUGAUCUGACCGGUGCUCUGAGAGACAUUCGUUCUCAGUACGAGGCCAUCGCCGCCAAGAACAUCGCCGAGGCUGAAGACUGGUACAAGUCCAAGGUGUCAGAUCUGAACCAAGCAGUAUCCAAGAACAACGAAGCCCUGAAGCAGGCCAAGCUGGAGACCAUGGAGUACCGACACCAGAUUCAGUCCUACACCUGUGAGAUUGACUCACUGAAGGGCACGAACGAGUCUCUGAUGAGGCAGAUGCAAGACAUGGAGGACCGACAUGGACGUGAGGCUGCUGGCUUCCAGGACACAAUUUCUCGACUGGAGGCUGAGAUCGCUAACAUGAAGGAUGAGAUGGCACGACACCUGCGCGAGUACCAGGACCUGCUCAACGUCAAGAUGGCCCUCGAUGUGGAGAUCGCCACCUACAGGAAGCUGCUGGAGGGAGAAGAGAGCAGGAUUACACUGCCCAUGCAGACCUACUCCAAGAUUAGCUUUAGAGAGACCAGCCCAGAGCACCAACAACGUGCCGCUGAAAUGCACUCAAAGAAAACAGUGCUCAUCAAGACGAUUGAGACCCGUGAUGGCGAGGUGCUGAGUGAGUCUACACAGCACCAGGAGGACAUCAUGUAGAGCUUCACCUAAGUAGCUGAACCAUAAAAACCACAAGAGCUUUCAAUAAAACCAUAAGGUCCAGCCUUCA